CAAUAAAAAUUUGAAAAUGCGUAUUCAGAUAAAAGAAACAUCAGUACGCGCAUUUUUUUAAAUUUCAUUAUUUUAAAAUUUAUAUUUUAUCUCAUGUCUGCUACAUUCACACUCAUAAUUUGACGUCAAAUUGAAAGGAACUUUUGCUGAGCAGCCCUGACUAUUAAUUUUUAAUUUUGAAAAAUAGAUUUUCUCUCUGUUUACGUCUAUAAACUUCUUUGUUUUGAAGGCUAGAUAUAGAGCCACGACACUCGACAUUUAAAAAGUUUUGUUAGUGAAUAGUGAAUGGAGUUAUUUUUUUGUGCUCAAGCCAUGUACAAUACUAGGGUAUAACUAAAUAAAAACAUUACGUGUUCUUACUGCAUUUACUACUUUCUUAUCUGCAUGAUUAUGUUAUUUAUUAAUAUUUGUCUACAUGCUGUACUAAUAUUUAUAGAAAAUAAAAUUUCUACACCAGCAUAUCUCGAAACAUAUUUUCAAUAUAGUUGAUAUACAAACAGCUUGUACUGUAAACUGCAUCUGUUAGCGUUAACUAGUGAAUUAAUUAAUUCUGAUAAUUUGUAUAAAAGUUAAUUUAAUUUUCAAUGCCAUUUACAUAAAAAUGAAUCCAGAAAUUAUAUUAAAAGUUUUAACUCUUAAUUGCUGGGGAAUUCCAUAUGUGUCGAAAAAUAGAAAGGAACGAAUGCAUGCUAUUUCUGAUCGACUGUCCUCAAGUGAUUAUGACGUCGUCUGCCUUCAAGAAGUCUGGUCGAUCAAAGACUUUAAUAUGAUAAAAAAUAAAGUUAAAAAAAAACUGUUACACUCACAUUACUUUUACAGUGGUGUUCUGGGUUCAGGAAUUUGCGUUUUUUCAAAGUUUCCCAUUCAAGAUGUUAUUUUUCAUAAAUGGUCUUUAAAUGGGUAUGUUCAUAAAGUACAUCAUGGAGAUUGGUUCGGAGGAAAAGGAGUUGGACUUUGUAGACUGAAAGUUUAUGAUGCCAACGUUAAUGUUUAUGUAGCUCAUUUACACGCCGAAUAUGAUUCUGAGAAUGAUGAAUAUUCAGCACAUCGAGUCCUUCAAGCUUUUGAUACGGCACAGUUUAUAAGAAUGACUGAACAAGGUGCAGAUGUUACUAUUCUUGGUGGAGAUCUUAACACGGGACCACAAGAUUUAGCUUAUAGAAUUAUAAGUGGUCUUCCUUCAUUAUCUGAUACUUGCUCAAGCUGUUACAGUGAUAAAGGAACUAGCGAAUGUGCCAAAAAUAGUUAUACACCUCGUAAAGUUGCCAACCAAUCACCUAAAGGAAAACGAAUCGACCACAUAUUGUAUUUAGGAUCAAAAAAGUUUAAGGUAGAAGUUAUAAGUUGUCAGCAACCUUUUCCGGAAAGAAUUCCCGAGAAAGAUUUUAGUUAUUCCGAUCAUGAAGCUGUUGCAGUAGAGUUCAAAUUAACAAAAGGAGAAUUCGAAGUAAUUAAUAAUGAUGUGAGACCCACAUUAAAAGAAGCCUUGCACGUAUGUCAAAAAUCCUUGAGGGAUGUAAAAAAGCAACGUUUAUGGUAUUCAAUGAUGAGUGUUUUACUUGUGAUACCUAUUAUUUAUUCAAUAAGUCUCGACAUUACGUUUCAGUCAUUAGGAGUCCUUAUCGGAUUAAACAUUUUACGUCUUUUUAUUACUGCACUAAUUUGUUACUCCUUGUUCAUGAGCUCCAUUUGGAAUUGCGUCGAACAAAACGCUCUGAAAGCCGGAUGUUUAGAAAUGGAAACCCACUUAAAUUAUAUAAAUAGCAAAUUUAGUUAAUGUUAUAUUAUAUUAUAUAUAAUAGUAAAUUACACACCUAGGGCAGUAAAGGCUUCGCCUCGGCCAACAAUUACAUGUGAUCUGAGGCUUUCUUAUUUACUGCCCAAAGAAUGUGUACUAUUUUUCUCCUCGACGGAGGCGGAAAGCGGCAACUUCGUUUUGCACAGCGGGACGGAAGUUGACGCUUUCCGCCCGGAGACGAGAAGAAUCAAUCGAAUGUUGAGUAGUUAAAUUUUUGUUGUUUGGUUAAUUGAGUAUAGUACAAUUUUUUUUAACUUUUAUCUAUUUAUUAAUAAUUGCAAUUUAAAUUAUAAUACUUGCAAAUUUGCAGGAUAGCCGAUUAUUUAAAAAUAAUAAUUUUACUCAAUCGCAAUAAUUUCAACUGUUGGUAUAUAUUUCUAUGCUACAUAUUUAAAUCAUAUCAAUAAUUUGUUAACUUAUAUAUAAUAAAUAAUAAUUAAAAACUUAAAGAUUUCCAUAUAUAAAAUAUUGAUUAUAUUAUUUGGACUAUAUAACAAUUGAAAAUAAUAAAUUUAAUAGUAUAAAUUAAACAGAAAAUGGCAUCGAUAAUAAAUUCAUUAAGUAAUUACUAAUUACAUAAUUGUCGGAAUAAGAUGCGUAUACCAUAGAUAAAUUCAAUAUAAAAAUAUAAUGAAUAUCAUUAUUAGCAAAAUAAAAUAUAUGAAAUAAAAUAGAGUAUAUGUAUAUAUAACUUGAAAUAAUUUUAAUAAAAUUAUUAAAAAUUAUGUUGUAAUGAAUAUUUAAAUAAUUAUCUACAAAGUAAAUAUAUUCUUUGGGUAAACUUGAUCCCACUUAAAUAUACUCGUAUACUUUAAUAUGAUUGUAAUGAAAUAUCAAAUAUUUUUGAUCGAAUAUAUACAUUCGUUAAUAAUUACAAAAGUAGACAAAGAACAUAAGUCAAAAAUAUUACAGAAAUAAUCUUCUAAAUGUAUAAAAAUAUCUAUACAUCAACUGUUAUUUUUGGUACGUUUGCUCUCAGGGUAAUUGUUCAACAUAAUUUUUUGGUACUAAUCCAGUUUUCCCAUUUAAUGUCCCCUCCAGCCACCCGGGCUCGAGCGAUGGUCUCACUAGAUCAAAACCAAUAGUUAAAUAUUUAAUUAAACCAAAUUAAAAUUAUUGUUUUUUAUGAUACACUUGAACUCCAUUAGCUCGGAUUCCAUUAUCUCGGAAUUUCCCCUCAAUCUUGAUCCCCACUACGAGCUACGCUGUCUCCCACCCGAUACUAUACUUUUAUAUGUCUCUGUCUAUUAGGGUGAGCCAAAAAAACCAACCUAUCGAAUUUAAGUCUUAAAAAGGACCUAUAUAUCGAAAAAAAAUUCUCCCAUUAGGAAAAAUUUUUAGCUCAAUUUCAAAAGGUGUCGGUAGCCAUUUCAAAUUUCCCAUUAAAAUAACAUGCAAAAAAAUUUUUUUUGAUUAAAAAUAUUAUAACUUUUGAACCGUGUGAGAUAAAAAUUCGGCUCUAGAAUAUUCUUGAAUGGCAUUAAAUUUCUUUAAAAAAAGUCCCGGGAGUCGAAUUUGUAAACUCGAUAUUUCGUCUACUAACAGGCCAUCAAAGUAUAGAGUAAACAAAAUCAUACAAAUUUAAGGCUUUGAUAUUAAAAAUAUCAAUACUACGAGAAAAUUUGUUCUACAUGUAGUACAAUAAAAUCACCAACAAUAUCCACGUUGUAACAAAUAAUAUUUUGUUAUCGAUCACAAUAAAAGAAAAGUAUUUGGAAAAUCCAAAUAAAGCCUUAAAUUUGUAUGAUUCUGUUUACUCUAGACUUUGAUAGCCUGUUAGUAUACGAAAUAUCAAGUUUACAAAUUCGACUCUCAGGACUUUCUUUUAAGAAAUUAUGUAUAUUAUAUUAUUAAUUAAUGCCUUACAAGAAUAUUCUAGAGCCGAAUUUUUAUCUCACACGGUUCAAAAGUUAUAAUAUUUUUAAUCAAAAAAAAUUUUUUUGCAUGUUAUUUAAAUGGGAAAUUUCAAAUGGCUACCGACACCUUUUAAAUUUGAGCUAAAAAUUUUGCCCAAUGGGAGAAUUCUUUUCUCGGUAUAUAGGUCCUUUUUAAGACGUAAAUUCGAUAGGUUGGUUUUUUUGGCUCACCCUACUGUCUAUAUCUAUCAUUCAUGUAGAUGUAAGAGCGUAUGUGUGUAGUUUCCUUUUAAGGAAGAAGGGGCAUCCAUUAACUCGGAAAUUCCAAUAAAUUUCCGCUCCUCCGUAAACUAAUCGUCCGAGUUAAUGGAGUUCGACUGUAAUUCAAUCGAUUGUAAUAAAUAAUCGUAACAGUUACCAUUUGUUAUUAUUUGAUUAGGUUCGAAUGAUAGCUCUCCAUCAUUUUCGGCCAUACAAGCGUAUAGAGUACGAACUCUCCAAAUUCCUGAUGUUUGUCCUGGGCUUGAUUGUCCACUUGCAGGAGAAGUAUUCGAA